GUUAAUGUGACGCAACGUGCAGAGAAAGAAAGCGGACAGUCACUCGUUGCCAAUUUUCGCCGGCAGUCAGCGAGCAGCGGCCGCUGAAUCCAACAGUGACUUUACGGAUCGUGACGAACGGAGGAUCACGGUCGAGUUUGGAUGUGAUUUCAGUUUGGGACAAUGUGGUGAAAGAGGGCGCCGCUCAUUGAUGCUGCCGGUCGGCCGCGGCAGACGUGACUUGAUAAAGUCCGCUGAAGUGAGCAGGAGAAGCGGCUCUGGGAGAUGAACGUGCCCGGGAAGCAGCAGCCUCAGCCUAUCGAGCGACCUGCCAGCCUUUCGCUUCCCUGCGCUUCGUUGAAAUCUGGAAUUGCUUUGCUAUACAAUGAGGAGACCAACAAUUCCUAUGACGUCUGCCUGAAACUGACCACAGAGGCGUUAACUAUACAAAAGCUGGAUGUGGUUUGCACAAGAGGAAGCCAAUCCCAAGUCAAUCACAGAACUGUUGUACUCCGAAGACAAGAUACAGGCGGUCUGGGCUUGAGCAUCAAAGGGGGUGCCGAGAAUAAUGUGCCUGUGGUGAUUUCCAAGAUUUUUAAAGAUCAAGUAGCCGAUCAGACAGGGAAGCUGUUCGUUGGUGAUGCUGUGUUAGAGGUCAAUGGGAUUAACGUGGAGCGUUGCACUCAUGAGCAAGUUGUUCACCUCUUGCGCACCGCCGGUGAUGAAGUCAUCAUCACUGUGCGGUAUCUUCGAGAGGUUCCAUCCUUUCUCAAACUGCCUCUAGGUUCUCCUGGUCCAUCUGGUGAUCACAGCGGUGAAUCCUCUUCCCUCUACGACUGCAGCUCACAUUUAAACGGCAGCACAGCUUUAUCGCCACCUUCACCCUCAGCUAAUGAACCAAAGUAUGAGAAGCGCUGGCUGGAUGCCAUUUCCCUGCCCCUGUUGAUGGCCAGAGUCUCCAGAUACAAAGGUGGCCCGGAUGAAUUAAGGUCGAACUGUUUUGAAGUCUUUGCCUUGAAUGGAGCCAGGCCCAAUGUUCUUCAAUUUUGCACUGCAGCAGAAACUGCAGACUGGCUCCAAGCAAUAUCGACAAAGAUCAGCGACUUGACCCUAGAGAAUAUUAAGCUGGCAAACAAAUACAGCUCUUCAGAUGAUCAGAUUGUUCACAUGGGCUGGGCUUGUGAAAGAGCAGAGGGCAAGGCUGAUUCUCGAAAAGCAACUUUCAAGUUCCUGGCACUGAGAGGACAAUAUUUUCAUAUCUUCAAAAGUCCACCGUCCAGCGCUGUUGAAUGGGGUCAAGCAGAAACAACAUAUAACCUCUAUGAGGUGCUUUUCAAGGUUCACAAGCUGUGGAUGACAGAGGACUGCUGGCUUCAGGCAAGACUCUACUUGGGUCUUGAGCAUUCACUUGAGCAGCAGGACAAUGAGUCUCUGUGCUUCAGCAUUCUCAUCGGCCAUGGGCAGAGCCACACCUUCAGAGCAGAGCUGGCCUCUGACCUGGCUGUCUGGGAGAAGUCCUUCCAAAGAGCUGUCUUCAUGGAAGUGCAGCGGGUACGAGUAAGUAUUUUAUUGAAUUCUGUCAAUCCAGGGCGCUUUUACUCAUUUUUUUAGGAUGAUAUAUUUUCUCAAUAACUAUCACGAUAGACAACAGUAUUGUUGAUGUGUUUUUAUGCCUCUGAUAUAAUGAUGUUGGAGCAGA